AUGAGAGAUAGUGAUAUUGAACAGAUCAGAGGUGACUUGUACAGGUCAUAUCAGAUUCUUAACAAUCUAAAUCUUUUCCAAGCGGGGAAAUGGUGUGCUGAAGCAUUUAAUGGAUUAGUAGAACCCAAUAGAUCAUCAACAUCAUCAUCAAUUCCAACUUAUCCAAUAGUAGAGAAAAGUGCCAAUGAAUGGUUAGAUGAGGGGAAAUUCAUGCUUGCCAAAUCAUAUUUCAAUUGUCGAGAAUUUGAUAGAGCAGCUCAUGUAUUAAAGGAUUGUAAGAGUGGUAAUGCAUUAUUUCUUAGAUUAUAUUCUAUCUUACUAUCAGUUGAUAAAUCAGCUACAGAAGAAACAGAUGGGUCUAUAAAUGUUGGAUCAUUUAGUAGCGAUACAAAUGAUCAUCAAAAUGCCAAUAAUGAUAAUCUGAAUUCUGAUGGGAAUAAUAAUUCUAAAGAAUUACUUAAUAAUUUAAAUUCUCGAUUGAAUAAAAUCAUUCAAGAAUCAGAAGCAUUUCUUGCUAGAGAAGAAAAUGCAUUUCUUUAUUAUUUGAAUGGGAUAAUAUAUAAUAAGAAGAAGAAAUAUAAUUUAGCACAAAUUAAUCUUUAUAAUUCUUUAAGAUUAUUUCCUUAUAAUUGGUCAUGUUGGCAAGAACUUAUAUGGUCAUUUACAACAUUAAAUGAAGCAUUAACAUUAUUAAAUAAGAUAAAAAGUGAUAAAUCAGGUAUAGUUUCAAAUAAUAUAAUGUUUCAAUUUUUUGAAGUGGUUGUAUUACAAGAAUUUUAUCAACAAUCAUCAACAUUAUUUGAUAAUUUAAAUAAUUUAAUUACAAUAUUUCCUAAAUUUACAUUUUUAAAGAUUCAACAAUUUUUAAUUUAUUAUCAUAAUCUUGAAUAUUAUCAAGCUGAAUCAAUUUUUGAUCAAAUUUUAGUUGAUGAUCCAUUAAGAUUAGAAGAUUUAGAUACUUUUUCAAAUAUGCUUUAUGUUAUGGAAAAGAAAUCAAAAUUAUCAUUUUUAGCUCAAUUUGCUUCUCGUAUAGAUAAAUUUAGACCAGAAACUUGUUGUAUUAUAGCAAAUUAUCAUUCAAUGAAAUGUGAACAUGAAAAGGCUAUAAUGUAUUAUAAACGAGCAUUAAUUCUUAAUAAAAAUUGUUUAAGUGCAUGGACCCUUAUGGGACAUGAAUUUGUUGAAUUAAAGAAUAGUCAUGCAGCAAUUGAAUCUUAUAGACGAGCAGUUGAUAUUAAUUCAAAAGAUUUUCGAGCUUGGUAUGGAUUAGGUCAAGCUUAUGAAGUAUUAGAUAUGAAUCUUUAUGCAUUAUAUUAUUAUCAAAAGGCAACUAUAUUACAACCAUUAGAUAAAAGAAUGUGGCAAGCUAUUGGGAAUUGUUAUGAAAAGAGUGAUAAAUAUGAAGAAGCAAUAAAAUCAUUUGAAAAGGCUUUAACAAUAGAUACAUUAACUAAUGAAGAUACUGGAGAAUCAAUUCAAACUUUUGAUCCUCAUAUAUGUUAUAGAUUAGCAUUAAUUAAUGAUAAAUUAAUUAAAACUGAAGAUACUUUUAAGUAUAUGAAAUUAUGUGCAGAUCAAGAAUUUGAAUGGGGGGCAAGUGAUGAAUCAUCAAAGGCUAAACUUUGGUUAGCAAGAUAUGCAUUAGAUAAUAAUCGACCUGAUGAAGCUCAUGAAUUAUGUAAAGAUUUAAAUUAUUAUGGACCUGAUCUUGAAGAGGCGAGGUCGAUAGUUCGAGAAGCACGAAGUAGAAUGCUGAAGAAACAACUACAUUGA